AUGACCCAAUAAAUUAGAUUGAGGUUAGGGGGAGUUAAAAACCAAGAUGGUAGAGUUUGGAACUGUUAAAGAGUUAGGAACAAAAGAUCAUAAGGGUGUAGUCCUGGAUCCGUGGCUGGUAAGCUCGUUAAAGGGUUUGGAAAAUGCAAUUACAAAAAUACAACGAUAGUGUUAAUGAAUAGUUAAGAACGUAGCCUCUGUUUUUUAGGUAGGUAUUCCACAAGUGUGAUUAAUGUGGGUUAGAGGCAGCUACCUCCAUUUGAAUUUGGAAUUGACGAUAUAAAUGAUUAACUUGUACACUAGAAAGUUCUGAAGGCACCGAGCAAGUUGGAGAAUGGGGCAAUGUAUUUUGGGGAAUGGAUAAAUGAUCUUAGACAUGGCAAAGGCAUUCUGAUAUGCGAGGAUGGAUCAAAAUAUGAGGGUUACUUUUAUUAGGGCAAUGCUCACGGGAGAGGGAGAUUGAUACACUCAAAUGGGGAGGUUUACGAAGGGUAAUGGGAGAAUGACGAAGCACAUGGAUUGGGCACAUACAUUCAUGAAGAUGGAGCCACUUAUACUGGUCAAUGGGAACACGAUUUGCAGCAUGGCAAAGGAAGUGAAAAAUGGCCAGAUGGGAGUUAUUUUGAAGGGUUCUAUAAGCAUGGUAAGAAGGAAGGUUUGGGUAAAUUUGUGUGGAUUGACGGAGCUAUCUACGAGGGGGAGUUUAGAGGUAAUAAUAUAGAUGGGUUUGGCAAAUACACUUGGCCAGAUAGUAAAUAUUACCAAGGGUAUUGGAAAAACAAUAAGAAAAAUGGGAAGGGAAAAUAUCUAUGGCCGGAUGGAAAAGUGUAUGAAGGAGAUUUCGUGAAUGAUCAAAAGCAUGGUUAUGGUAUUUUGAAGUUUCCAGAUGGCAGAGUAUAUGAGGGAGAGUGGUAGAAUGACAAACAGCAUGGGAAGGCCUAACUAAGAUUACCAAACGGUAAGAUAUCUAAUGGAGAAUGGAAAAAUGGAAUUCGUAUCAAUUGA